AUGACCUUUCCUGCGGCGACUCCCGAGCCUUUCCAGGGUACCAGCACGAGAGGAGAAAGUCCUCUGCUUCUAGAGUCUCGGGAGACUGGACGAGUAGGACCAGGGGGACAGAAUGACCAUGCGACUGCGGUGACAAAGGACGGGCCCAAGGCGAAACCCUGGGCCCAUUUUGUCGCGGGAGGUAUCGGUGGCAUGGCCGCGGCCACUCUCACUUCUCCUCUCGACGUCCUGAAGACCCGACUCCAGUCCGAUUUCUACCAAGCCCAACUCAGAACCCUUCACGCUCAACACCAUGUUCCUCAUAAACUCACCCUGACCUCCGUCCCCAGAGCAGCAUUCUUCCACAUCGCAGAGACCAUGCAGAUACUACGAUCGAUAUACCAACAUGAGGGGUUCCGGGCAUUAUUUCGAGGUCUCGGCGCAAAUCUGGUUGGCGUUGUGCCUGCAAGGAGUAUCAAUUUCUACGUCUACGGAAAUGGCAAGAGAAUCCUGAACAACUAUCUCAACCCAGAGGGCCGGGAAAAUGUCUGGAGCGUCCAUCUUCUUGCUGCAGCUACGGCGGGCAUAGCAACGGGCACCGCCACGAAUCCUAUCUGGGUCGUCAAGACACGUCUGCAACUGGACAAGAACACUGCCAGCCACGACCCUUCAAAAGGACGGCAGUACAAGAAUAGCUGGGACUGUGUCAGACAGACUGUUCGGCACGAGGGCAUCCGAGGUCUGUACCGGGGUUUGUCGGCCUCGUAUCUAGGAGUCACCGAGUCCACUCUUCAAUGGGUAUUGUACGAGCGGUUGAAACUGUCCCUGGCCAGAAGGGAAGCCAAGCGCCUCUCGCACCCUGGGUAUCAGCGAACAAUGCUUGAUGAUGCGGAGGAAUUUGGGGGCAAGUUCUGCGCCGCCGCCGGCGCGAAGCUCUUCGCAGCAGUCAUUACAUAUCCGCAUGAAGUUGUCAGAACGAGGCUACGGCAAGCGCCAACCAUCACGACCGAGACGGGCAGAGUCACGAUGAAAUACACCGGCCUGAUACAGUGCUUCCGCCUUGUGGCCAAAGAAGAAGGGAUGGCUGGGUUGUACGGAGGCAUGACGCCGCAUUUGCUUCGAGCUGUGCCUGCCGCCGCGGUGAUGAUGUCGACCUAUGAGAUUUUCUUACGGAUCUUUGGGACUACUUCAAACGUCUGA